ACUGGCAGACAUCAGGAAACCCCAUCUUUGUAGCCUUCCUGUGCUUAUCUGUGACUCUGGUACCUGAACCACACUGGUGUCAGACCUGAGGAUGAAGGUGACAGAGCUCAGCAGGGAGCAGCAUGACGUGGGACACGGCCGAUCGCAGUGAAGACCCCCCUAAAGCUGCCCCGGUACAGUGGGUAAUGGCCCCUGGAACCCUCCCAAGUACCGGUCCGGCUGGUGGCACGGCCCAAUCACUGUUCCCCCAAGAUGGGGGGCACCUGGUGAUGCCACUGGAAGAGGAGGUACUGCAAGCUCUAUUAAGCAGAGCCCCACCCCUACAGCUGAUCUGCACCCAUCGUGCGCAUGGCCAUGUGGGGGGGGGAGGGGCAGCUGACAGUUACGCUGACAGGACAAUCGGUGGUACAAGAGGUCUGACUAGCCAGCACUGCUGACCCCUGUGUUAUCAGGCUGGACUUACUAGUACAGCUAGGGGCCACCAUCUGCUUUGGGUACAGAUGUGGGGGUCCUCCAGUAUGAGAGCAGUGGCCAGCAGCGGCCAGGGAUAGCGAUGGGGGAAGAGAGGAGGAGAGCCGUCCACCCAGUGGUGGAAAAGAUCUGCCCACAGCUCCUGAGGGAAAGUCUCCACCAGCCACAUGACUGCAACUCCAGUCCAGACUGUGCUGAACGGCAGCACCACAGCAGGACCGUCUCCAUAGACAGUGCAGGCUAUGCAGCAACUGUGGCAGUACAGCAAUCAGCCCUGUUCAUCCAUCUGCAUCUGCACCAACUGCUUCUGGUGUAACUACAAGUGUCUGAGCAGCAGAUCCAAGAAAUGGCAGACAGGAGUCAUCAAGCCUUCCCACAGUCCAUAAGCGGCACAGGCAGACCUUGUCACCAACAAGGACGGGUCAUGUUGCUUUUGCUUCAACUAUCAACCAUUGAAUGAGGUGACAAGGAGGGACUCCUAUGUGCUUCCAUGCAUCACUGGGUCAACAUGGUUCAGCUCCUUAGACCUCCGGAGUGGCUACUGGCAGGUCGAACUGUCCCCAGUAAACCACCCUAAGACCGUGUUCACCAUCGUUCACAGGCUAUGACACUUCUGGUCAGUUUCAUUCAGCCCCUGUAACAGCCUGGUCACCUUCGAGAGGCUAAUGGAGGCUAAUGUUCCAGCUCACCUGGACCUAAUGCGUCAUCAACACUGAUGAUCUGCUGCUCCACGCCGCUGAUUUUGCCCGGACAUUGCAGAAGUUAAAGAAGUUUUUGCAGGGACCCUCUGUGCAGGGUUGUAGCUGAACCCCCAGAAGUGCUCCCUUCUCCAGUGCAUGAUGCUCUUCCAGGUCCAUAUCAUCAGAGGGAGAGCAUGGACACCGACCCGCAGAAGAUGACAGCUGUGUGAGACUGGCCCCCUGCACAGAUUGUAGCAGAGCUGCACAGCUUCCUGGGGGAACAUAUAGCCUACAGACAGACACCAUUAUGAACUCAGUUCCCCGUCAAGUGAUUAACUGGGGCCCAGCAAAAGGCCCGAAGGGGGCGCUACACCUGUGCUCUCUCAUGCUGAGGUCAGUGCACAGAGCCGUCGGGGCCGGGCAGUACGGCGUAAAGAAGAUGCUGAGGAAGCUGUGGCAGCGCUUCACCUGGCCGGCUGCCAGCAGGACGCCCAGAUGUUCCUGCAUUGCUGUGCUGCAUGUGCGGCUCAGAGGGGUCCUAGCUGGCAGUGCCGGUCUGCCCUCCUGCUGUACCUAAGGGAGCAUGUGGGGGUCGAUGUCCUGGGCCCCUUUCCCCACACUGAGGCUGGGAAUCACUACAUACUUGUGGUCAUGGACUACUUCACAAAGUGGGCUGAGGGUCUCAUGGUUCCAGAGCAGAGUGUGACCUGACCACCAUGGCAGAAAACAGCUCUAGGAGCUUUGGGGCUUCAGAGCAGCUGUACAGUGUCCAGGGGAGAAGCUUCAAGGUGCUGCUGUUCUGUGAGGUGUGUCCAGACUGAACACGGUGUCUGUACAGAGAGGAGGAUCUGUCACCAUCCCAUGUUUCUAUGACAACAUAUAUAAAAAACAUGAGAAAUACUGGUGCAAUGGGAGUGACUGGAGUUCAUGUACUCCCAUAGUACGUACUGACUCUACACAGAUAAGUGGUGAAGUGUCAAUCAGAGAUGAUCCUGACCAGCGAGUCUUCAAUGUGACCAUGAACAAUCUGACAGCUGGGGACUCUGGUACCUACUGGUGUGGUGUGGAGAUCAGCAGAGGUUCAGCUGUGGGAAGACGGGUUUACCUGUCAGUCACUGAAGGUGUGUCCACACUGAACACGGUGUCUGUACAGAGAGGAGGAUCUGUCACCAUCCCAUGUUUCUAUGACAACAUGUAUCAACAACAUGAGAAAUACUGGUGCAAUGGGAGUGACUGGAGUUCAUGUACUCCCAUAGUACACAGUAAAUCCUCAAAUAUAAGUAGUGAAGUGUCAAUCAGAGAUGAUCCUGACCAGCGAGUCUUCAAUGUGACCAUGAACAAUCUGACAGCUGGGGACUCUGGUUCCUACUGGUGUGGUGUGGAGAUCAGCGGAGGUGCAGCUGUGGGAUCACGGGUUUCCCUGUCAGUCACUGAGGAUGAUGAAGAAGGAGGGAAUAAUGAAAAACAGAGCUUGUUUCUGUAUGUAGGACUGGGCUCAUUGGUGCUGCUGUUGAUCAUCAUCAUCAUCACAUGGAAAGUGUGGGACAAACACAAGAAAAAAAGGGCCAUGAACCAAAAUGCAGGAAGUACAGAAUUAACAUUGAACCCAGACCAUGAAUACGCCAUCAUAGACAGAACUGGCGUCACCAAGGGAGACCCAGCAGAGCAGGCCUCUGUGGAGCCUGGUGCUGAUGUCACCUACAGCUCCAUUCUCCUGCCAGAUCCACAGCAGGUGUCCUCUAGAUGUUCUUCACAUCGCCCUGCUGUAACCCCAGCCAGCGAUGUGGUCUACAGCUCAGUCACCCUGAAGCACAGAGAGUAGGGGGCAGCAACACAGAGAGGCUCCUCUACCUGUGGGGAGCUGCUGCUCUGGAUGAGGGCUGUGAGGGAGACACAGAUACUGCAGUGAUCAUCACCAGACAGGAGCAUCUUACAGUGAUGUGAGCUGUAUUUAAAUAGCAUGCAGCUCUCUCACAUUAUAGUAUGAUCAAUGUUUGCCUCACUUGUACGUUGCUUUGGACAAGAUGGAAUAAAUGUAAAUGUAAGGUAUUAUCUUGGUCUGUGAAUUGUCACUUUUCAUUCAUAUAAAUGGAAAAAAUAUCAUCAGCUAUCCUGUUUGUUUAGUAUAAAAUAAAAUGUUUGCUAUUUCAAUAUGCAUCAUUUUCAGGGUAUUUGCCAGUGUCUGUUUGUCUCUUGUACUGUUGAGCAUUUAGUGAGGUCUAAGGGCUCCGGCUUUAAUUUUAUGCUCUUCUUGCGCACUUCACUGCCCCCUGCUGGAGCAGCUUUGCUAUUUCGCUGCCUCCCUGCUCUCCUCUGACUGUGGAAUUAGAAGCUGACCUGUUACCAUCAUAUCACAUUUGAGGAUAAAAGCUUUAGCUUUAGGUUUCCACAGAAUGUUAGGCUUUUGCUUAUUGAUAAAUUGAGUAUUAUUAUAUAGUAAAAUGCAGACCACAGACUGUGUGGCUCAUCAUACAUACUGUUA